CCGGCGCCUAAAGAGUUAACUGGGAGAGCAAGCCCAAGCGCCUGCGCGCGGCGACGCUUCGCCCCGCCCCUGCUGCGCGGUCAUAUGAUCCGCCCAACCGGCGUUGGUCUAUAAAAUGUCGGGUGUUGACGUCAGCGUCCUCUUCCGCCCUUGUCGCCGCAUCCUGGGCUUGAAUCCUUUCACUCGGAUCUCCCUGGGAGAAUCCAUCGCCAUCCGCCACCAUGGUGAACUUCACAGUAGAUCAGAUCCGGGCCAUCAUGGACAAGAAAGCCAACAUCCGGAACAUGUCAGUCAUCGCCCACGUGGACCAUGGCAAGUCCACACUGACUGACUCCCUGGUGUGUAAGGCUGGUAUCAUUGCCUCUGCCCGGGCUGGCGAGACCCGCUUCACUGACACUCGGAAGGACGAGCAGGAACGUUGCAUCACCAUCAAAUCAACGGCCAUCUCCCUUUUCUACGAGCUCUCAGAAAAUGACUUGAACUUCAUCAAGCAGAGCAAGGAUGGUUCUGGUUUCCUUAUCAAUCUCAUUGAUUCCCCUGGGCACGUGGACUUUUCUUCAGAGGUGACAGCUGCCCUCCGUGUCACUGAUGGUGCCUUGGUGGUAGUGGACUGUGUAUCUGGCGUGUGUGUGCAGACAGAGACAGUGCUGAGGCAGGCUAUUGCGGAGCGCAUCAAGCCUGUGCUGAUGAUGAACAAGAUGGACCGGGCUCUGCUUGAACUGCAGCUGGAGCCUGAGGAGCUCUAUCAGACCUUCCAGCGCAUUGUGGAGAACGUCAACGUCAUCAUUUCCACCUACGGAGAGGGCGAGAGUGGUCCUAUGGGGAACAUCAUGAUUGACCCUGUCCUUGGGACUGUUGGCUUUGGGUCUGGUCUCCAUGGUUGGGCCUUCACCCUGAAGCAGUUUGCAGAGAUGUAUGUGGCCAAAUUUACUGCCAAGGGUGAGGGCCAGCUGGGGCCUGCUGAGCGGGCCAAGAAAGUAGAGGACAUGAUGAAGAAGCUGUGGGGUGACCGGUACUUUGAUCCAGCCAAUGGUAAAUUCAGCAAGUCUGCCACCAGCCCUGAUGGCAAGAAGCUGCCACGGACAUUCUGCCAACUUAUCCUGGACCCUAUCUUCAAGGUGUUUGAUGCUAUCAUGACUUUCAACAAAGAGGAGACAGCAAAACUGAUUGAAAAACUGGACAUCAAGUUGGAUAGUGAAGAUAAGGACAAAGAAGGCAAACCACUUCUGAAGGCUGUGAUGCGCCGCUGGUUGCCCGCUGGUGAUGCCCUGCUGCAGAUGAUCACCAUCCACCUGCCCUCCCCUGUGACAGCCCAGAAGUACCGCUGUGAGCUUUUGUAUGAGGGGCCCCCCGACGACGAGGCAGCCAUGGGCAUUAAAAGCUGUGACCCCAAAGGGCCACUUAUGAUGUACAUUUCCAAAAUGGUGCCGACCUCCGACAAAGGCCGGUUCUACGCCUUUGGCCGUGUCUUCUCAGGGCUGGUGUCCACUGGCCUGAAGGUCAGAAUCAUGGGGCCCAACUACACACCCGGAAAGAAGGAGGACCUAUACCUGAAGCCAAUCCAGAGAACGAUCUUGAUGAUGGGCCGUUACGUGGAGCCCAUCGAGGAUGUGCCUUGCGGUAACAUUGUGGGAUUGGUGGGUGUGGACCAGUUCCUGGUGAAAACAGGCACCAUCACCACCUUUGAGCACGCCCACAACAUGCGAGUGAUGAAGUUCAGCGUGAGCCCUGUCGUCAGGGUUGCUGUGGAGGCCAAAAACCCGGCUGACCUGCCCAAGCUGGUGGAGGGUUUAAAGCGACUGGCCAAGUCAGACCCCAUGGUGCAGUGCAUCAUUGAGGAGUCAGGGGAGCACAUCAUUGCUGGAGCUGGUGAGCUGCACCUGGAGAUCUGCCUGAAGGACCUGGAGGAGGACCAUGCCUGCAUUCCUAUCAAGAAAUCCGACCCAGUUGUCUCCUAUCGCGAGACGGUCAGUGAGGAGUCGAAUGUGCUCUGCCUGUCCAAGUCUCCCAAUAAGCACAACCGUCUGUACAUGAAGGCACGGCCCUUCCCCGAUGGCCUGGCUGAGGACAUUGACAAGGGUGAAGUGUCAGCCCGCCAGGAGCUCAAGCAGCGGGCCCGAUACCUGGCUGAAAAGUAUGAAUGGGAUGUGGCUGAGGCCCGCAAGAUUUGGUGCUUUGGGCCCGAUGGCACUGGGCCCAAUAUCCUCACCGACAUCACCAAGGGUGUACAGUACCUCAACGAGAUCAAGGACAGUGUAGUGGCUGGCUUCCAGUGGGCCACAAAGGAGGGGGCACUGUGUGAGGAGAACAUGCGGGGUGUACGCUUCGAUGUCCACGAUGUGACACUGCAUGCUGACGCUAUCCACCGUGGAGGUGGCCAGAUCAUCCCCACAGCCCGGCGCUGCCUAUAUGCGAGUGUGCUGACAGCCCAGCCCCGGCUCAUGGAGCCCAUUUACCUUGUGGAAAUCCAGUGUCCAGAGCAAGUGGUUGGUGGUAUCUAUGGCGUCCUGAACAGAAAGCGGGGCCAUGUCUUUGAGGAGUCCCAGGUGGCUGGCACCCCUAUGUUUGUGGUAAAGGCCUACCUGCCCGUUAAUGAGUCUUUUGGCUUCACCGCUGACCUGAGAUCCAACACAGGUGGUCAGGCCUUCCCACAGUGUGUGUUUGACCACUGGCAGAUCCUGCCUGGGGACCCCUUUGACAACACUAGCCGCCCCAGCCAGGUGGUGGCCGAGACACGCAAGCGCAAAGGCCUAAAGGAAGGCAUCCCGGCCCUGGACAACUUCCUGGACAAAUUGUAGGUUGCCCUCCCUGCAGCCUGCCACCCAGGUGCCGCCCCCCACACUGGCUCACGAUCAACCACAGCAGCCCUCAUUCUCCAGCACCUCAAGACUGUCCAGACACAGGGCUGCUCGCCUGGCAGGUUCUGGGGCCACUUCAUGCCAUCACUCAACAUGAACACUUGAUGCUGUUUCGUUCAAUAUUUAUUUCAAGAUUUCAGAAGCAACAGAAAUGCCCUGGCCACAGGGACUUAUUUGGCUCAUGGGGGAGGUGGGAUGGUACACUCAACACUUUUAUUUUUUUCCAUUUAUGAGGGAAACUCAAAUGUCCAAAAAAGAACUAAACGCAUUAAGAGGUUUGUUUGGGUAAAUGGCCCGUAGUGGAUUUUCCCCCAGAAUGGGGGAAGGAGCAAGCAGGUAGACAUUUCUGUUUGGACAGAAGCUAGAAGGCAGGAAAUCUUGUGCAAUGUCACCAUGAGCACCUCCAGCUGUAUUAGUGCCAUUGGAAUAAUAAAUUUGAUUAUGGUGGUGA